AGUUGGAAAAAUGUAACAGUGAAUAUUAAAGCAUGCCAGUCUGUGUCAGUGUUAUAUUUAGUAGAGCUAUCUCUACACUGCACAUUUAGAGCUUUAUAAAUAGCGUUGAGCAGCCUUCUUGCCUCAAGUUGUGCUUAAGCCCUGCUUGACAUUUUGUUUUGUUAAAACUGUCUAAAGGCGGCAUCACUUCUUUGGUAUUCAGUCUUUUCGUUUAUUUGAGGAUUCUAUCAGAAUGUCUGCUUUUGAACGGAUUGAUUCAGAUUUUUACCAAUCAAACUAUGAUAUUAAGGAUCAGGAUCAAACUUAUGUCUACAGAGAUGAUAGUAAUCCUGAUCCAAAUAGUGAUUCUGAAAACGAUUACUCACAACGUCAAAUCUUUGCACCUUCAGAAAUGAUGCACACUUCACAGUUCUAUGCAGGCAACAUCUUACAGCCAUCUGCAACCUAUAUCCCCUUUGGCUCCUCUUCCCCAGUCGAUGCUGAUUUUGAUGAUGAACCGCCACUUCUAGAAGAACUGGGGAUCAACUUUGAUCACAUCUGGCAGAAGACGUUAACGGUUCUGAAUCCAAUGAAGCCAGCAGAUGGCAGCAUCCUGAAUGAGACUGAUUUAACAGGACCAAUGGUUUUCUGUUUCGCAUUUGGAGUCACACUGCUGUUGGCUGGUAAAGUUCAGUUUGGCUACGUGUAUGGAAUCAGUGUCUUUGGCUGUUUGGGGGUUCAUGCUCUACUCAAUCUGAUGAGUGUCACCGGGGUCUCAUGUGGCUGUGUGGCCAGUGUCCUGGGCUACUGUCUCCUUCCAAUGACCAUCCUCUCUAGCUGUGCAGUGCUCUUUUCACUCCAGGGAGUGAUUGGAACGGCGCUUGCUUUGAUUGUCAUUGGAUGGUGCAGCCUGUCAGCCUCGAAAAUGUUUAUCUCUACACUGGCAAUGGAGGGACAGCAGCUGUUGGUCGCCUAUCCUUGUGCCUUACUCUAUGGCAUAUUUGCACUUCUGACAGUUUUCUGACCAGCUUGUGAGUAUCCUCCUGGGCAGGGGGUGGGGGAGGAAAGUGGAGUCUUCCUUGAGCUGAACUCAUUCCAAGGUAACAUGCUUGGCAACAGAAUGUCUGCCACUGUUGCAGUCUCGGAAGUCCAGCACAACCAGUCUGGCUCAUCAGCAGAACCUGGAAGGGCAGACCAGUCACUGAG